ACUCUAAACAGAGUCUUCUUCUCCUUCUCUUUGAAUAUUUCACUCUUUUCAUUUGCUUCAUCUUUUUCAUUUCAUUUUGCUUCUCUCAUACUCAUUGGAUUACUAUUAAGGCGCAUGGCAACCCCUAUUUGUCGAUGUGGUGAGGCGGAAGUCCUUCGUACCUCUUGGACCGAUGGCAAUCCGGGUCGUCGAUUUUACGGCUGCAACAAUUAUGGGACUUCGGGAGCAUGUAACUUUUUUCGUUGGGUGGAUCCGAUAUUAGAUGAACCCAUGAAGCAAGCUAUUCGUGGUUUACACAAGCGGAUCGUGGCAUUAGAGAGGAGGAACGAUCAGCCCUCUAUUUUCGUUGGAAGGAUUAAGCUCAUAUCAAUAAUGUUGGGACUUUUUGUUAUUGUUUAAAUAAUCAUGAACGUGUACUAUUUUGGAGCUCAUGGUAAUGUAUUGUCGUAGGUUUGAAUGACUACUAUCAAAGUGGUGUAAUGUAGUAUUGUAGCAUGUAUUAUCAAGU